UACAGAAUUGUAAAAAUGUCAGACACCGAACAGAAAGAGGCAAUAGCCGCGCGUGGUCGCGCCAAAGGGUCAAUUACACGUUUAAAAAACAGCCUUGACCGAGAAGCGCUCAUAAAUUCGCCGAUAGAGUUAGUGCUAGCAAAGAAAACUAGGCUUCUAGAGACCUUUCGUGAAUAUGAGCGCCUCACUAGCAAGGUUGCCUCGCUUUUUUCCUCCCCACCAGCUACUCUCGCCACCGAUGAUGAGGAGGUUGAAGACAACUACAUUUUAUUGUUAGCUCAGCUAGAAAGUAUAAUAAAUGUCAUCCGCCUGAGAGACAACCCUCCUCAAGCGAGCCCUAGCGUAAGUGUCAAGUCGGAGAACCUCAAGCUGCCUCGAGUCGUCAUAAAAACAUUCACAGUUGUCAAACAGCAUCUUGCUGCUCUGCAAAACCUGGGUGAGCCGGUAGAUAAGUGGGAUGCCAUAAUCAUUUGCAUCCUAUCUAAGAAGAUCGACCUGCCUACCUACAGAGCAUUUCAACUGGAGCGAGAUAAGAAUGUGUCGCCCACGGUAAAGGAAUUCCUAGGAUAUGUUGAAAAACGUGCCCUAGCAUUUGAAAACACUGACGUGAAGGGGCCUUCGCAGAGCUUUGUCAGCCGUCCUGUGGCUGCAGAAGCAAAGCUGUCAGCGCAUCAGCCUCAGCGGCAAUGUUUAUACUGCAUCGUUCAUUACACAGAAGAUUGUGGAUAA